AUGGACACCACGCAAAACGGCGCACCAACCACAGGCGGCAUAGUCUGCGGUAUCGCGUCAAACGCAGAUACUGGAGCUCUCCCUGCACCCCCCAUGCCUGCCGCCGGAGCCCCAGGUCUGAUGUUGGCAGCAGUGAUUGAGGCCACAGAGGAGGGCAGCGUGGAUCCCUUCAUCGCAUACGGCAUUGAAGCUGGUAGCGACGACAAAGACGGGAACGACGACGAUGCAGAUGAUGCUGACGGCGUCCAAGCGGGAAACGACGAUGAGUUGCGCGUAGCGGAGGUUCGCGCUGCGGAAGUGUGCGCGGCGGAGGUCCGGGCGGCGGAGGUUCGGGCGGCGGAGCUUCGGGCGGCGGAGCUUCGGGCAGCGGAGCUUCGGGCGGCGGAGAUUCGAGCGGCGGAGAUUCGGGCUGCGGAGGUUCGCGCGGCGGAGGACCGCGCUGCGGCGGUUCGCGCGGCAAAUGUGCGCUCUGCCGAGGCUCGCCAGACGGAGCUGGCGCCGCACACCUCGCAGCCUAGUAACCCGGCAGCACCCGCUAGGCGUGAAUGGUCGCAAGUUGCUGGUGCGCACCAUUUCAAGGAAGCACGACAGCUGGAGGCGCUAUUGCGUGACCUGCAGAACACGGUCUCCACUCUGAACGCGCAGCUGCAGGAGGCAAGGGCCAAGAUCAAGGCGCAUGUCCGGUGCCUGAAAUUUAACCCCCUCACCCUUGUGCAUCCUUGUGUUGAUUAUCAAGAAAUGGUGGGUAAAACCUUCGCCUGGCUCAUCACCCUUGCCCCUGCAGGAGAGAUGGAGUUCUAUCCUCUGUGGGAAGAAUUCCAACCGCAUUUGGUGCGCAAGUACAUAGCUGAGGGGACCACGCAAGAUGAGUACUACCUCUUUAUGGGCGGGAACAGCAAGCGCAUUGAUCGGGCGCUGAAGGUGAUUGGCUGCAAACGCGCGAACAUGAACAAGCCGAUCAAGCUCUGGGCGUGGGGUGCUGGUGGCGUCAUUGCCCAGGAUAAGUGGUUCCUUUUGAAGGUUGGUGGCAUCAAUCCAUCAAAGGCGCGCAACGAAAAGGAGUGGGUGGAGCAGUUCAAACACCCGAAGUAUGGCUACGACUGGCAUUGCUCUGCUCAGGGCCGCCCUUUCGCGAAUGCAGCCUUUGAGCUGGCAGUCAAAAAGGCAUUCGUCAGUGCCCGGUGCAACAUGUUUGCAGUGAAGAUUCCAGCGGUCGGCUAUCUGUGCAACGUGGUUGAAUGGCCAUUGGAGAACCACAAGGGCAAGAAGGGCCAUGCAUCUCUGGACAACAAUGAGACCAACAACCGCAACAACGUCCAUGCCAAGACGAGGGUGGUUGCUGCCUAG